AUGAGGCCCCGGAAAGCCUGCCUGCUGGUGCUGCUCCUGGCGCUGGCGCAGCUGCUGGCGGUGGCGAGCGCCGGGGGGCCGGACGAAGAUUCUUCUAAUAAGGAAGAUGCCAUUGAGGAUGAAGAGGAGGAGGAGGACGAUGACGACGAUGAGGAGGAAGACGACUUGGAAGUGAAGGAAGAAAAUGGGGUCCUGAUCCUGAACGACGCAAACUUUGAUAACUUUGUGGCUGACAAAGACACAGUGCUGCUGGAGUUUUAUGCUCCAUGGUGUGGACAUUGCAAGCAGUUUGCUCCAGAAUAUGAAAAAAUCGCCAGUGCCUUGAAGGAGAACGACCCUCCCAUUCCUGUGGCCAAGAUUGACGCGACCUCGGAGUCGGCGCUGGCCGGCAGGUUUGGCGUGAGUGGCUACCCCACCAUCAAGGUCCUUAAGAAGGGGCAGGCUGUGGACUACGAGGGCUCCCGGACCCAGGAAGAAAUUGUGGCCAAGGUCAAAGAGAUCUCCCAGCCCAACUGGACGCCCCCACCAGAAGUCACGCUUGUGCUGACCAAGGAUAACUUCGAUGAAGUGGUGAACGAUGCAGACAUCAUUCUGGUGGAGUUCUAUGCCCCCUGGUGUGGACACUGCAAGAAACUGGCCCCCGAGUACGAGAAAGCGGCCAAGGAGCUGAGCCAGCGCUCCCCCCCGAUCCCCCUGGCCAAGGUCGAUGCCACUGCCGAAACAGACCUGGCUAAGAGGUUCGACGUCUCUAGCUAUCCCACCCUGAAAAUCUUCCGCAAGGGAAAACCCUUUGAUUACAACGGCCCACGGGAAAAAUAUGGGAUCGUGGACUACAUGAUCGAGCAGUCGGGGCCGCCCUCCAAGGCGAUCGUGGCUCUGAAGCAGGUGCAGGAGUUCCUGAAGGACGGGGACGAUGUCAUCAUCAUCGGGGUCUUUACAGCAGAGAGUGACCCGGCCUACCAGCAGUACCAGGAAGCCGCCAACAACCUAAGAGAAGAUUACAAAUUCCACCACACUUUCAGCACUGAAAUAGCAAAGUUCUUGAAAGUCUCCUCUGGGAAGUUGGUUGUAAUGCAGCCUGAGAAAUUCCAGUCCAAAUUCGAGCCCAGGAGCUACGUGAUGGAGAUCCAGAGCACCACCGAGGGGUCAGCCAUCAGGGACCACGUGUUGAAGCACACCUUGCCCCUGGUGGGCCAUCGCAAGACCUCCAAUGACGCCAAGCGGUACACGCGGCGCCCCCUGGUGGUCGUCUACUACAGCGUGGACUUCAGCUUUGAUUACAGAGCUGCCACUCAGUUUUAUGAACAAGGUCCUGUGGCCAAGGACUUCCCUCGAAAAUACACCUCAGUCAAGGCUGAUGAGGAUGACUUUGCCACGGAGGUGAAGGACCUGGGGCUCAGCGAGAGCGGCGAGGACGUCAACGCAGCCAUCCUGGACGAGAGGAAGUUCAGCUGGAGCCCCGAUGAGUUUGACUCUGACACUCUCCUGCGAGUUCUGGCCAGAGCUUUCAAAAAAGGUGAGCCUUGUCGGGUUGUCAAGUCCCAGCCGGUGGUGAACAACAAGGGACCUGUCAAGGUCGCAGGGGGAAGUCGCUUUGACUUCAUCGUGAUGGACCCCAAGAAGGACGCCCUUAUCAAUUCUAGCUACUUGGUGCGCGGGCACUGCAGCAGCCGGAGCCCAAAGCAUAUCACCGGCAAGAAGUACAAGGGCUACAAGAAUCUGGUCAUCGCCAAGAUGGACGCAAUCGCCAACCAUAUCCCCAACAACCGCUACAGCGGGUUCUCGACCAUCUACUUUGCCCCCAGCGGGGACAAAAAGAACCCGAUAAAGUUUGAGGAUGGAAACCGAGAUCUGGAACAUUUGAGCAAGUUUGUAGAAGAACACGCCACAAAACUGAGUAGACCAGGAGGGAGCUUUUUGAAGGCCUCGUGA